CUCCGUGUUUGUUGAGGGAACUUCAUCUGAGUGUAAGAUGAGUGUCUGGGUGUUUGUGAUCCUCCUGGGGUUGUUCUCUGGAACCACCCCAAUGCAGAGUAACUGCCCCUGCAAAUGUGAGCUAAAAACUAUCUGCGAGCACGCCCCAGCCACAUUGUCAGUCCCAUGUCCAAUGAUGACUGGCGAGGAUGUGAGCUUUUCGCUUCUCAAGGACGAGCAUGUGAUUUACAACUAUAAGUGCAACUCAACCGGAGAUAUAUUGGAGUGUGAGUCCAACCCCAGCAGCGGCGUCAUGUUGCAAGAGGUUAAUGAAUCCAUCAGCUUCAUCCUCACUGGAGAGGCAGCCAGCAACGAUGGACUCUACAGAUGUGAGGGCAUGGUCACGUUCCCGCCUCCCUUCAGGAAGGAUACGAGUGCAGUGAGAAUACUGGUGCACGUGGAGGGUCGGCGAUGUCGAGACAGUAGUGUAGAAACACAUCUGAGCAAUGAACUCCUCUGGAGUUUGAUCGCCGUGCUCGGGAUUCUUUGUGUCUACAGCAUCAUCAUCUCCAUCGUUGUCUGCAUCAACAAGGCCAGCACGUCGCAGGCAAAUUUCCACAAUGACUACAUCAACACAAAACCAAGGGACACCAGGGAGCAUCGGCGGCAGAGGGCCUCUAGGAACCACCUCAGACCUCAGUCCCCCUGA